AUGGCUCUCGCAUCUCAAAUCGCUCCAAUCACCGGAAGACUGCGCAAGCGUCUCAUUCUCGACAUCAGUGUCGCUUUGGGAGGUGGUACUGCUGCCGGAUACGCAUACUGGUACAUGGUCCACUUGCCAACCGUUCAAAGACGUGACGCUUUCUACGCUAAAUUGCAACAAGAGAACCAAUAAAUCUAUUAUCUCAUCUUCCGGCAACAUGUCCAGUACAAUGAAUAAUACGCCAAUACAU